ACGUGAAAUUUAAAACGAAUCGUAAAAAGGUGUCGGCGUAUGCCUGUGAUUUCUUUAGGAGUUGCUAACUUUUUUCUCCAGGAUUUACAGGUUAAAGCAAAAAUGGUUAUAAAAAAUAUCUGUAUCAUUUUUAUAUAAAAAUCUUUUGGUGAAAGUUAGGCUAAUUAAGCAUAGCCAAUAAAUACCCAAAACUCUCACUUCACUGAUUAAACACCAAAACAAGACUACACCUCACACUGUCCUCUCUUAUGGGUUGUUGCGUCAGCUCCCUCACCACCGACCAGAAAGAUGAUCCCAUCUCCGGAAAGAACACAGCACCGCCUCCAUCCGUCAAUGAGGAAGAGACAGUAGUCAAAGAAGUCUUGUCCGAAACCACAUUGGUAACUGACGACACGACGUCGAACAAGAUUCCGGAAGACAAGGAGAAGAAACCCGGAGCCGUCAAGUUAGAUCCGGGCCCUGGUUUAACCGAGAACGGUUUGGUUGAACCGGAGAAAGGAUCGAAAGUUUCGGAAAUUUGCAGUUUGAGCGAGAGUCUGCUUUGUAUAGUGAACGAGUGCAAUGAGGAAGAAGCGAAACAGAGGAAGCUGCAUGGCGUGAGACAGAGAUCUCCGGCGAAAUCUAGGAACCGGGUCAUGGUUCAUAACUACCCGACCCGGAGAACCGAUAUGUCGCCACGUAAGAGAAACACAGAAGGAGGAGAAGGAGAAGAAGCUGGCUCGGUGAGGCUGGUGACUUCGGGUACGGGUCAGAGAGACCCGAAUGAAAGAUCCGGGAGGAGGAGGUCCAGGUCGCCGGCGAUGAAAAGGUCAGUCGUGAUGGGUCCCACUCGGGAUCAUUAUAGUAUUAGUACGGACAAUGGUGGAGCAAAUCUGUCUCCGGGUCGGGUGAGACCUGAUCCGAAUAAGAAUGGGUCGGAUCAUCAGCGGUGGCCGAGUUGCGGUGCGGCUGGAAGGAAUGACGUAUCUACAUCUACCGAGUCGUUCGAGAACCCUCUUGUUAUGUUAGAGUGUUUCAUCUUUGUUUGAGAAUUUUAUGAAAAAAGAUAUAUUCCAGGAGUUGGAACAGGUAGGUACGGUCAAGAGAAUUCAAGAGUGUUUCAUCUUUCUUUGAGAAUAAAUUGUAUUAAAAACUCCAUAUGUUUUCUUAAUACAUCUUAUUGACUAAGAGAGAA